UUAGAUGAUGAUAUAGUGGUCCAAAAGGAUCUUACUCCUCUUUGGUAUCUUAACCUAAAGGGAAAGGUGAUUGGUGUGGUUGAGACAUGUGGAGAAAGCUUUCACCGCUUUGAUCGUUACCUCAACUUUUCGAAUCCUCUUAUUUCAAAAAACUUCAAUCCCCGUGCUUGUGGUUGGGCAUUUGGAAUGAAUAUCUUUGAUCUUAAGGAAUGGAGGAAGCAAAAUAUCACGGGGGUGUACCACAAAUGGCAGAAUCUGAAUGUUGACAGACUGUUAUGGAAACUCGGGACUCUGCCGCCUGGUUUGAUAACCUUUUGGAACCAAACUUAUGCGCUGGAUAAAUCUUGGCAUGUCUUGGGCCUUGGUUAUAAUCCAAGUAUAUCCCAGAAGGAGAUUGAGCGAGCAGCAGUCGUGCAUUACAACGGCAACUUGAAGCCAUGGCUUGAGAUGGGCAUACCUAAGUUUCGUAACUAUUGGGCAAAAUUUGUUGACUACGAUCAAGUAUAUUUGCGGGAAUGCAACAUCAGUCCUUAAAUGUCAGUUAUGAUUUCUCGUAUCCCUUCUAACGGUGGCGGCGAUUUGCAUCACAGGUCCUGCUCCUUACCUAUUCCAAAAUAGUAUCUAUUUAGUCGAACAAUUAGCAAAGUAUUUUGUCAUUUUUUAACAUUUAUUAUUAUUCGUGGUUGCAGUGCUGCUACGUUUGUAAAUGAUCGAAAUCAUAGUAGUUUCUCUUUUUUCCUUUGCUUCGAUUCGUUUUAUUUGUACGUCAUCUAAAGGCCAUGUAUAUGAGAUCACUUUCUUGAGUACCCUUCGUUGCCAUUUCGUCUCUCA